CCCCUCGUGCCGGCAUGGACAGGCUGCCCCGGCGCCUCCCGCUCCUCCUGCUGCUCUGCGGCUGCCUCUGGCCGUGCCCGCCCGCCCGGGCCGGUCUCCACUUCAGGGAAGGGCAGCACUGCUACAAGCCGGCGCGGCGGCAGCCGGCCGGCCUGAGGACUUACCCUCGCCCACAUGAGUACCUGGACAUCUCCAAGCUGCCCGCAAGCUGGGACUGGAGGAACGUGGAUGGGGUCAACUAUGCCAGCACCACGCGGAACCAGCACAUCCCGCAGUACUGCGGCUCCUGYUGGGCCCACGGCAGCACCAGCGCCCUGGCAGAUCGAAUCAACAUAAAGAGGAAAGGUGCAUGGCCUUCUGCCUACCUUUCUGUCCAGAAUGUCAUCGACUGCGCUAAUGCAGGGUCCUGUGAAGGUGGAGACCACACAGGUGUUUGGAUGUAUGCCCAUGACCAUGGCAUUCCAGAUGAGACCUGUAACAACUACCAAGCAAAGGAUCAAAAAUGUAAGAAGUUUAACCAGUGUGGAACUUGUGUUACCUUUGGAGAAUGUCAUGUGAUACAGAACUACACUCUCUGGAAAGUUGCUGACUAUGGCUCUGUCAGUGGAAGGGAGAAAAUGAUGGCAGAAAUCUACACAAAUGGACCAAUUAGCUGUGGUAUAAUGGCUACUGAAAAGUUGGAUGCUUACACUGGAGGACUUUAUACUGAGUACAACCCCUCCCCUGUGGUGAAUCACAUUGUAUCUGUGGCUGGUUGGGGUGUGGAAAAUGGAACAGAAUAUUGGAUUGUUCGUAACUCAUGGGGUGAACCCUGGGGUGAAAGGGGGUGGCUGAGAAUUGUGACAAGUGCAUACAAAGCUGGAAAAGGAGCAGAGUACAAUCUUGCUAUUGAAGAGGACUGCGCAUAUGGAGAUCCUGUACUUCCUUGAGUCURCACUGAGCAUCUUUAGGAACUACUUGGUUUGAAAGCUUCCCAACACUAUCUUUUUGUUUACAGAAUAGUCUAAAAUUCUUUCACAGUUCACUAUAAGCAGGCAAUUCUGCAAGCGUAGCCCAGAUAGCAACACACAAUGACUUGGAAGAAAAAUAAAUACAGAGCCAAGACUACCUGCCUGCUGACAGUUAGCUUUAGGUGACUAAAACACAAAACAGUUCAAGCAAUUAUCCAUGGAAAAAAAGUUUGUCUGCCUUGAAACACAGCAUUUAAAUGCUAUCAGCUUACUCACAGAAACUGUAUAGAUAAGUCUAUUUUUUUUUUAAAUACAAAUUCUGUAGAUAUACUAGGUAAAAAAACAAAAUGAACUUGAUGUACUUGUUUAGAGCUCAUACUAAACUUUAGCAAAGUAUCAUAAUACCAAGGAAAUAUCACCUAAAGGAGAUGAAAAAGCUAUGUCUGGACAGGAUAUAUUCAUAAACUAAAUUCUAUGUUAUUUCUCUGGUCACCUAAUGAAACAAUAUUAUUGCUGGACUUGUACAAUGCAGUUACUUUUAUCCAACCAGAAAUGAUGAAACAGGAAUAAUAUUUAUCAGUCUUUGCUUUGAUUGGCUGUGCUAUUUUUCUCCUACAGCAGCAAAGUAUAAUUUAUGUCUGUCAUCAGAGUUCCCUUCACACUAAUACAAGGAAAAGGAGCCAGUUCUCUUGCUUAAGCCUGGCUAAUUACUAAGAGACAAUCAGUGCCAUAACAAGUGUCAUUAACUGCCA